GUGACGAGGAGUCGCGUUAAACUUAUCUGCUGUUUGUUUUGACCCUCUAACAAAGAAAGAGCAUAGGUGGACAUGAAGACGUUCACAGUCGUCGUCAGCCAGUUGUGCACGCAUGUUCGGUAGAUGCGUAGUCCUUUUUCUUCAGAUAGAAAUAGUGCACAAGGUGUGCAGAACUUGCUAUAGUGGGCUAGCACACUACAAGCACAGGUGAUCAUUGCUGAAGGUGCUACAUUGUUGACAUUCUGACUCGUGCGACAUGGCGGGAGGCAUCACGGAAACCGGAGAGCUCUACUCUCCCUAUGUGGGGAUGGUGUACAUGUUUAACCUGAUUGUAGGCACAGGUGCCUUGACGAUGCCCAAAGCCUUUGCCACCGCUGGUUGGGCCGUAAGCCUGGCUCUCAUCUGCAUCCUAGCCUUCAUGAGCUACAUGACGACCACGUUUGUGAUAGAGGCUAUGGCAGCUGCUAACGCUCAACUACGCUGGAAACGCAGAGAACAGGACGAGGUCAAUGAUAGCGAUUCCACAUCAGACUACUCCGAUGAUGAUGUCAUCAGCCGGGGACGGUCAGACCCGGUGGAGACACGCCCCAUCCUGUCCGUGCAGAAUCGUGGCGGUGCGGUGGAUCAUUUUGACAUAGUGGAGCGAGUCGAGAUGGGACAAAUGGCCUCCAUGUUCUUCAACAAAGUGGGGGUGAACAUGUUCUACAUCUGCAUCAUUGUGUACCUGUACGGAGACCUGGCCAUCUAUGCUGCUGCUGUGCCCAUGUCUCUGAUGGAGGUGGCCUGUGGGAACCACUCGUGUAAUGCCGGGAGUUUGACGUACAAUGACACAGACUCAUGCUGGGGCCCCAUCAGGAGGAAAGACGCCUACAGGAUAUUCCUGACCAUCUUCAUACUGCUCUUGGGUCCGUUCACCUUCUUCAACCUACAGAAGACCAAGUACCUGCAGAUCAUGACCUCUCUCAUGAGGUGGAUAGCGUUCUCCAUGAUGAUCGUGCUGGCGUUGAUGCGUAUCGGCGCGGGUCAGGGCGAGGGUCAUCCGCCGGUGGCGGAGUUCGGCGGCGUGCCCAACCUGUUCGGCGUGUGCGUGUACUCCUUCAUGUGCCAGCACUCGCUCCCCUCCCUCAUCACACCCAUCUCACGCAAGCGGCGCCUCGGCGCCCUCCUCCUGGGAGACUACGCGCUCAUCCUCUCCUUCUACGCCCUGCUGAGCUUCACGGGCAUCUUCUGCUUCGCCGGCGACGCCCUGCGCGACAUGUACACGCUCAGCUUCACCGGACGCUGCGACGUCCUGGACGUUACGUCGCUACGCUACUUCCUGGGCCUCUUCCCUGUUUUCACCAUCUCCACCAACUUCCCCAUCAUCGCCGUGACGCUGCGCAACAACUGGAAGACGCUGUUCCACCGCGAUGGCGGCAGCUACCCGUGGGUGGACCCGCGGUGCUCCCCGGCCGCUGACCCUGCGGGCCCGCGGGCGGUGGCGUUCGGCACGCACGACCUGGAGGCGCUGGUGGGCAUCACGGGCGCGUACGCGGGCACUGCCAUCCAGUACGUGAUCCCGGCGUGCCUGGUGUAUUGCGCCCGGCGACACCUGGGGCCCGUGCUGGGCAGGGAGGCGGUCAACACACAUCGCUCACCCUUCACACACACACUCUGGGUGGUCUUCGUACUCGGCUGGGCCGCGUCCUGCCUCAUCGUGGUCACCGCCAACAUCAUACUCAACGAGACCUAGGACUGGACUCAACACACACACACACACACACACACACACACACACACACCACCACACACACACACACACACAC